AUGGAUAUAAAUGGAGUAAAUUGGUCAGGAGAUUUCGAUGGCGAAGAAUUUGAACUUCCUGUUGGAAAAUCCCAUGUCUGUGGAUGCCAUUGGCGUUGUAACGAUGGCGAACCAGACUACAUUUUAUUAUUUUUACACGGUUUGUGCAAUUGUGUUGCUUUUAAUGCCAAUUUUUUAAGAGAAAUACCAAAUCAUAAAGGAGCUGCACUAGCCACAGAUCAUUUAGGUAACGGAAAAUCGCCAGGAAUUCGUUCUUACACAACAGUUUGGGAAAUAAUCGAAGAAACGAAAGAACUCAUACAAUAUGCCGCAAUUCUAUAUCCUUCUAAACCCAUAUUCCUUAUGGGUCAUUCGUUAGGAGGAUUAGCUGCUUUAACAUUCGCACUUAAACAUUCAACAGAAGUAAAUAUGCUUGCGGGUAUUAUAUUGCAUGCGCCUUGGCUUGAAACUACUGGUAUUUUAAAGCAAAAUAUCGUAAUGAAAUCGUUUUUAACAAUUUCAAAUUUAAUCUAUCCGAGUUUACAACUAGAUACUGGAUUAGAUGUAAGGAAAUCAUGUUACCAUGAUGGGUAUAAAGAGAUGGUGCUCCAAUCUCCUUACGUUAACAAAUAUAUCACUCCUUAUCUCUUGAAAUCAGUAUUUGAGGCCAUGAACUUUUGUAAAGAUAACGAUAAUCUAUAUCCGACUGGUUUACAUAUGUUAUUCAUUCAGGGAAUGAUUGAUAACCUUGUUAUUCCUAUAAAUAACAUUAACUGGGCCAAAUCUAUGAAAGAACGAUUUCCAGAUACUCAUAUUGAGGUCGUUGAUUUCAAAAAUGGGCCUCAUGAUACAACAAAAUACGAUACAAGAAAAUCUUCUCUUACGAAGCUUUUCCACUUCAUCAAUACUGUUAUCAGUAUGAAGAAGUAA